CUCGACUCGUGGAAAGGGCAACACCCUUGCUCCCUUGAGGUCUGAGGGUAUAUAAAUUGUUUUCCUCGUAUCUUCUACUCUACGGUCUACCCCACCACCAUCAAGCACAAAACCCUUACCCAGCCAAAACCCCAUUUCCUUACACCGUUCCCUUUCCCGGGCUUUCUUGGACAACAAUGGUGGCCGGCAACGGAAAGAAAUCCAAGCUCAAUGAAGAGCAGCAACACCCUCCUGCUGAUCAGAUUGAUGUGGAGCUUCAACUCUCACUUGAGAAGUUAAAAGACGUCCAGGAUGAGCUCGACAAGAUCCAUGAAGAAGAGAGUGACGAAGUCUUGGCAAUUGAACAGAAGUAUAACGAGGUCCGCAGACCCAUCUACCUCAAUAGGAAUGAGCUCAUAAAGUCUAUGCCUGACUUCUGGUUGACGGCUUUCAUGAGUCAUCCUGCUCUUGGUGAUCUCCUGACUGGUGACGAUGACCAUGAGAUCUUAAAGUAUGUGGAGUCCCUUGAUGUUGCUGAUUUCAAGGAUCUGAAAACUGGCUACUCCAUCACAUUUAAUUUCAAGGAGAACCCUUAUUUCCAUGACACAAAGCUGACAAAAACCUACAAUUUCUCGGAUGAUGGCACAACUAAGAUAACUGGUACAGACAUCAAGUGGAAGGAGGGCAGGGACCCUGCCAAAAACGGAGUUGAUGAUGAGAAAAAGAAGGGAAACAAGCGACCUUGGACUGAGACGAGCUUUUUCGGUUGGUUUGGUGAAACUGAGCAGGACAUCUCCGAACUUCAGGAUGAUGUGUCGGAGAUAAUCAAGGAGGAUCUGUGGCCGAAUCCCCUGAAGUACUUCAACAUGGAUGCUGAUGAAGAGGAUUCUGAUGAAGAUGAGGAGGAAAGUGGUGAUGAUGGUGACGAGGAAGAUGAUGCAGGCGAAGAUGGCGUCAAGGAAGAGUAGUGGAGCUUUAAUCUCCCACCAGUUAGUUCAUUUAGUUGAGCAUUAGCUUUCUUUACCAGACUCUAGAGAAGCAUUAUGAGUUAGGAUUUAGGAAAUGCAGGAAGUUCAGUAGAGUAGUUGCCUUGUGAAGCUACAGCAGUUUGGGUAUAUUUGGAACCUUGUAUGCUGGGUCAUUACAAUAGCGACCGUCAUGCUUCAUUUCUAUAUCAAGUUUUGCUAGUACAAGCCAUGUCAAAAUGUUGUUGGGUUCAACUCCUAAUUUCAACCCAUAAUCGACCCAAAUACGUCUACAGAUAACUGGACCAUAAUUGCAGCAUCGGAACAAUCUUAUACAAGGGCUGUUAACAAGGCAUUACAGCUUUCAACAUUGCUGGUACAAGUACAGAUUUAGCAAUCCCACGUUAGAAUUUCGUAUACUAUUCUACACUAUGACAAAACCAGCUCGAAAGAUUGUAAGUUCCUUCAUCUAAGAAGAUAAUACGGAUUAAACCCAUCGUAAAGUGCAGCAGCAGCAUCAUCUACCAACUCACAGCCAAACUGGUGUGCAGCAGAGGCACCAGCAUUCUUCUCGUGCGAUCUCAGUACCAGCGAAAACAGAUUAAGGAUCAGUGGAUUACUGAAGAAGCAUUCAAUACUUUUCCCGAGUUCAACAACAUCAGAUAAGAUACCCAUUCCAUCCUCGAAUUCCCCGUUCAAGAUGCAGUAUGAGAUGGCGUGAAACCCAAGCAAAUUCCCAUACACAGGCAGAAAAGCAUCCUUGUGGUUACCCAAACCACCUAUCCACUCAACUCCUCCAAGUUUUCCAACAAAGUUUUCGGCAAAUAACUUCAGCUGGUUAGCAAAUUUCAUCCUCCACAAAUACAGGUCGAUAGCUGGAAGAGGAAGCUUCUCAAGAUGGGAGCAACAGAUCUGGCAUAUCAACAACUUCUCCUCAUGGUGGUUAUCAAUCUCCUUGUCAAAAACUCGUCUCACGAGAUCAUCACCACCGGAAGAAGAAACAAAAGAGGUUGUUGCUGCUAUGUCCAGUACCCACUGUAAGAGGUAAGUGAAGUAAGGAAUCCAGUGGCCGAAGAUGGAGGAAAGAUGGGAAAAGCUGAGCUCGAUCACUCUUUCCACUUGGGUUGGAACACCACUGACUUCCCGACGAUGGUGAAAGUGUUUCUGAACAUUUUGUGCGACUUUCUGUCUAAUUCCGUCAUCUUCAUCCUCCAUCAACUUGAUGCUAGUGAACCAUAUCUC